AUGGGCCCCGCCGCUCGCCCUGCGCUGAGGUCGCCGCCGCCGCCGCCGCCGCCGCCCCCGUCGCCGCUGCUGCUGCUGCUGCCCCUGCUGCCGCUGUGGCUCGGCCUGGCGGGGCCUGGGGCUGCGGCGGACGGCGGCGAGCCCCGGGCCGGGGCGGGGCGGGGCGGAGCCCGCGCGGUGCGGGUGGACGUGAGGCUGCCGCGGCACCACGCUCUGGUCCUGGAGGGGGUCAGGAUCGGCCCCGAAGCCGACCCAGCGCCCCCGCUCGGCGGUCGCCUGCACCUGAUGGACGUCGUGGAUGCCGAGCAGGAGGUGCCGGCAGAAGGCUGGAUUGCAGUGGCAUACGUGGGCAAGGAGCAGGCGGCCCAGUUCCACCAGGAGAAUCAGGGCAGUGGCCCGCAAGCCUAUCCCAAGGCGCUGGUCCGGCAGAUGCGGCGGGCCCUCUUCCUGGGAGCCUCUGCCCUGCUUCUCCUCAUCCUGAACCACAACGUGGUCCGAGAGCUGGACAUAUCCCAGCUUCUGCUCAGGCCGGUGAUCGUCCUCCAUUAUUCUUCCAAUGUCACCAAGCUGUUGGAGGCACUGCUGCAGAGGACCCAGGCCACAGCUGAGAUCACCAGUGGAGAGUCCCUGUCGGCCAACAUUGAGUGGAAGCUGACCCUGUGGACCACCUGUGGCCUCUCCAAGGAUGGCUCCGGAGGAUGGCAGGACUUGGUGUGCCUGGGAGGCAGCCGUGCCCAAGAGCAGCCCCUGCAGCAGCUGUGGAACGCCAUCCUGCUGGUGGCCAUGCUCCUGUGCACAGGCCUUGUGGUCCAGGCCCAGCGGCAAGCAUCGCGGCAGAGCCAGCGGGAGCCGGGAGGCCAGGUGGACCUGUUUAAGCGCCGCGUGGUGCGGAGACUGGCGUCCCUCAAGACGCGACGCUGCCGUCUGAGCAGGGCAGUGCAGGGCCUCCCGGAGCCUGGCGCCGAGACGUGCGCCGUGUGUCUGGACUACUUCUGCAACAAGCAGUGGCUCCGGGUGCUGCCCUGUAAGCACGAGUUCCACCGGGACUGUGUGGACCCCUGGCUGAUGCUCCAGCAGACCUGCCCGCUGUGCAAAUUCAACGUCCUGGGGAACCGCUACUCAGAUGACUAGCUGCCUCCACUGGACUCUGCACGUGCAAUGGACUCCUCUUGCCUGUACCUCGCCCUCAGCCUGGGCUACUGGGACAGGACAGUAGGACGGACAGGACAGCAAGCCCUGUAGGUGGAAGGAAGGAUAAGGCCCCCCCCAUGUUCACACUAGGAAGGAGGGACCCGCAGCGUCAGGCUGAGGAUGCAGGGCUUAGAGCUGCCAUCCAAGGAGGAGGGUUGCUUUGGUCCCUUUUCUGGAAUCCUGGGACAUCUGUGUCACCUCAUCACAGGCAGCUCCCAGGUCACUGGGGGAAGAGAAAUGUGGGGCUGGUGCAGCUGUCCCCGGGGCUCUGGGUGCUCUCUGUGGCCUGCCAGGGCAUCCCUGAGGGCUGAGGCUGUGGUGGCCAGGUUUUGUGCUUAUUUAUUGGGGCCGUGGACUGAAGGAAGAGUGGGCUGGUGUUGGGACACCCUGUGGUGACCAUCCUUCAGGAUAUGUCUUGGUCAAAGCUGUGAAGUUAAACCCAGAGACUCCUCCACUGCCUGUGGCUCUGGGACUCUUGGGUCCUAUGGCCUGUGCAGCUGGGCUGCCUUCCUGGGCCUGGCUGGGACCAGAGGCCUUAGAAACCAUCUAGUCCUGUACUUCUGGUUGGGGCUGUGUGUCACUGACCAGCAUACUUGAAGCCACAGGAUAAAUGUGGUGCAUCUUCCAGGGCAUCCAUU